CGAAGAUUUGCAACCAAGUUCCCAAAACAGUUCAGACCAUGUUCAGACGCGGUGCUAAAAAAUGAAUCAACGAUGAGUGGCAACCAAGUACACAUAUAACUUUCAGGCCAGAAAAAGACCUUGGAUAAUCUCACAGAAGUGACGCCCAGCAGCAAGAUAAAACCAGACUGAAAAUGGAAUUGGUCGCACCAUCUGACGGGGGGAACAUGGACGUCAAACUGUCCUUGGACAGUUUGACAGAAAUAGCCUUCUCUGAUGAGUACACUGGUGGAAACAUGUCCUCUUCGGAGUUUGCCCCUGCAGCUAACUUAAACGCGCUUGAUGGUAACGCUCGACAAAAAGACAUGACAGCUCUUGACCAUGUUGUCAAUAUCAUGAGUCAGCAGGCAGGUACUGUAACAAAUGAUUGUGCUGAACAAAGUGUGUACUUUAAAACAGAUACUGUGACAAACGAUUGUGGUGCUGAACAAAAUGCAUUUAACUUUAAGACCGCUGUUUCAGUUGGGGUACAGGUAAACCUAUGCUGUUGUGCAACAUCAAUGUGCACUACUCCAUUGUCAGGCGCCGUAAAGCAGGGCGCAGACAUUGAUACAUCUACUCAAGCAACGGAUUUGAAAACUGAAAACAAUGACAAUAAAGUCACAGAGCAUACCGAAGAAGACCAAACUAUUUGUGAACAGUCUGACGCUGUAGAGACGGUCAAAGGAGAGGAUGUACACCCAGUUUCUAUCGAGAAAGUGGUCUUGAAAAAGCGCAGUUCUAUAGGAGCAAAACGGAAGGACAAGAAAAGACGGAAGGUUGAGAAGGCCUCACAAAAACCAAAACAAAUACCGAAACAAAAGAAACAGAAGGUAAUGAUUCGCCGAAGCACCAAAUCCACUCUUGAACGCCGCUACCUCUGUGAAGGUUGUGGGAUAAAAUUUGUACACAAAGCAACCUAUGAUCGCCACUUACUGGAGCUCAGAGGGCAGGCGUCGGAGCACGAGUGCCCCAAGUGCAAGACCAAGUUCAGUUAUUUGUGUAAACUGAAGCAGCAUGUUGCAGCCAAGCAUCCCGAACUAACGCCAUCUGUGACACGUGAGCGACCGGUCAUCUGCCACAUAUGCGGUGUCAAGCUUCAGACCAACGUCAGCAUGAACAAACACAUGCGAAUUCACGACGGUGACAAACCCUUCCAAUGCAAAUAUUGCCCCAAAGCCUUUAGAUGGCACACAGGACUGGAGUACCACGAGCGUAUCCACACCGGUGAGCGCCCAUAUCAAUGCCCCAACUGCCCCAAAGGUUUCACCAAUCCAUCAGACAUGGCCAGGCACCAGACUGUUCAUACGGGUAAAAAGCCCCAUCUGUGCCAUCAGUGCGGUAAAGGAUUUACGCAAAGCGGUACUCUACAUACCCACAUCAGAAAUAAACACACGCCAGAGUCUGGUCAAGUUUCUCAUAAGACAUCGAAAAAGGUGACAAAAUCCAGAACAUCAGACAUUCAUGUGUGUCAUCUCUGCGGGCGAUACUUCUUUAAUGUAUAUCUCCUGGAGGCACAUGUCAAGAAGAGCCAUCAGCAGCAGCUGAUGGCAAACCUAGAGGGCGGCAGCAUACAUUGCGGAACCGUAGAGGGUAUGCCUUGUGGUACCCUCGAGGAUAUGAAACUUCAGCUUCAGUCGUGCCCUUUGGGGAAUCCAAGCCCCGGAUUCAACUUGUCAACUUGUAUACCAACUGAGAGAGAGAUUGCCGAGGUUGUGGUUAACAUGCUUGCUCCAUGAUUUUGUAUCCUUGGCAUAAAAGAAAAUGAUGUUGUAUCAAAAGAUCUAGAUGUAAAUCAAUGGAAUCUUCACAGAUCAGAUCUGUAUUUUGUCGAAUACAUACAUGUGAAUACAUCUUCACAAAAAAUAGUUAAUGGGCUUCGUUUUGAUCUUUCUCAAAAGUUAUGACAACACAACAAAAAACCAACAAGUUUGUUGUGUUGUUAUUUAACCUUCGAGAAAGGUUCUGCUAGGGUCUAAACGUCAAGCCGAAUAACAACUUUUUGCAUUUAUACCACCGGUCCUUUUGGUUGGUAAGUUGUUUGCAAAGAAUCAGCUUAUUCUAUUUUUUUCUUCACAAAAAUUUACGGACAACUAUCUUCUACAAAUUAAAAUUGAUACCAAAGUAUCUGUUAGACUGACUAUCUCGGUCCAGUUUUACAAUAGAGUUAUGUAUAAAUGGCCCCAGCCCCUCCUGCAAUUGGAAAUGUCUGGAUGCCACUUAUUUCUACAUCAUCACUUUCACUAUCGCUAGUAGGGAAGCCAAGUUAAUAAUAAUAAUAAUAAUAAUAACGAAAACCUAUAUAGCGCCAAAGUCCGCCUAAAAGAUGCUCAAGGCAUUUCACAGAGAAACAAUUAAAAAGCAAAGGCCAAAAAACACUAAUCUAAGUAAUUAAUCAACAAAUCUAAGAAAUUCAAAAACAGCAAUACAAUUAUAAAAACACACUAAAAAGUCAAAAGUUGGGUCAUCCCAUCUGUAAUAUUCAAGUUGGGACCCGUCCAAAGUUGGAAUGAAUCUUAAGUUGGGACAGAACAGGAUGAGUUCAAGGGUGGACAAAAACUACAUGAUAGGGGGCCUAUUCAUUGCAAGAUUCUGUUAGCUUGUACAAUACAACAAGAUGCAAAAAAGUGUAUGCACAACAUGUAUGACGUGUGUUGACGAUACAAACUGGACCUUCUUCAGAGGCAUAAACAAGUACAAACAAAUACAUUAUAUCCAUUUAUAGAAAAAAAGAGGGGAAAUGCAUUUUAUGUACAUACGUUUAUCAAUGCAGGGAAACAUGAAAGGGUAGGAUAAGAGAGCAAGUUGCAACGUGUGUUAAACAUAUAAUAAUUAUUAUUUAAUAUUUAUAUUUCUGGUAAUAAAACCAAGUAUGCCUCAUAAGUGAUCUUAAUCACUGUAGUUCACAAGCCUGAGGAAAUCUGUAAACAUGGGGGCUUGUGUAUGUGAACCAGAAACACUGGGGUUAACCCCCUACUCUUGCUACAUAAGUGUUCCGGGGUGGAUUUCACAAAGGUAGUCCUAGGCAAUGCUA